AAAAACAAAAAAAUUGAAAAAAGUAUGAAGUGCCGUCGUAUCUUUCUGGCGGACGAGAAAAGCUAGGGAUUUGGGUCGGGUGAGAGAGUGAGUGUGAGGAGUAUGAAGCAUCUUCUCCGACAACAGUUCCGUUAUUUCUUCUGGAACAUUCCUUGCAGGCGCUCCUUCGUUCGAUCCCCGAGAACCAUACCUUCGCCGGAGAUCAUUAACGAGACUCUCAGGCGUCGGAUCGAGAGAGUUCAAGAUUCGACGGUCUCCAUCACCCCUUUGCUCCGAGAAGGCGGGAAUCAAACGGCACUUGCAGAACUCAGAAGCAUCAUCUCCUCGCUUCACAGAUCCAAUCGCUUCUCCCAUGCCCUCCAGGUAUCGGAAUGGAUGAGUGACCAAAAAGCCUACAAGCUGACUUCGAUGGAUCUUGAGAGUCGACUUCUCUUGAUUGCUAAAGUUCGUGGCGUGGAAGAAGCGGCCAAGUUCUUGGAGACUGUUCCUGUAGAAAAGAGGGAUCUUUACUUGCACACCGCUCUCCUCAACUGCUGCACAACACAGGGAGGCUCAUUGAGUCUAGCCGAGAUCACCUUUCAGAAGAUGAGAGACCUUGGUUUUGCUGACCACAACGCUCAACUCUUCAGCACCAUGCUCUCCCUCUACCACCAGGCUGAUGAUCACGACAUGGUGGUGAACCUCCUGCGCGAGAUGGACGACCAAAACAUCAAACCCCAGGGCCUCUCCUUUGAUAAGCUCCUAACUUCCUACUCCAUAGCCUCCGUUUUAGACAUCCAAGGAAUGGAGCGGUUUUUGAGCAAGUGGGAGGGUAUGAUUCAGGAAAAAUGGGUCACAUUCUUCUUUCCUGGCUUGGCCUACAUUCAAGCUGGCUCUAAGGAAAAGGGUCUUGCUUUGCUUCGUAGGUCAGAAGAGCCUUUGCUUGGUGCUGCCUGCAGAGAUUCCAUCUACGCGGGUCUCAUCCUUGCUUAUUGCUCAGAGAACCUCACUGAUGACGUUUCCCGUCUCUGGAACUUGGCCAAGGCCUACGGGAUUUCCUUUGACAGCUCCACUUGUUCUCGCAUCAUCUCUUCAUUUACAAAGUCUGGCAAUCUCGAUGAGAUUCUCCAAGAGUGGGAUGACUGUCCCAGUCUUGAUCUCAAGGACUUUGGUUUCCAGAACAGAUGCGCCAAGGAGGAGGCCGAGAAGGUUGUGAAUAUGCUUGGGAAGAAGCAGACCAAAUGGGAGAGUUUGGCUCACAAGGUACCUAAUUUAGUGGAGGAUGAAGAUGAUAAAGAAGAAGAGAGGAUGAAGAGUGUGGCAGAGGCCAUGGAGGGGAGGCUACAUGACCGCUGGAACCCAAAGAGCAGCAUGGCUCUUUCCGCUUAUGCCUGCGUGCAAUAUGUGGAGGGUCGGAGAGACAUUGAGAGUACAGCCGACAUUCUGAGACUCCUGAACAAGCGAGAGCAAGUGUUGCAUGCAAUGGACAAAGACCGACUGAGCCUGAAGAUGGUGGAGGCAAUCAGAGGAGGAGGAUACGUUGGUGGAGAAGAUUGACCACAACAAUAUUUGUAACUCUGUUAUCUAGUUUGACUUCAAUUUAUUAGGCGUUCGUUUCUCAUUAGUUAACUCAUUCUUCUCAACUUAUAUUUAGUCUAUAUGAUAGAUGAAACAGAAAAUGUACGUAUAAAUCCAAUUGGUCUCUCAAGACUGUUGUUUGGAAUGA